GCAUGGAGCGACAAUACCUUUCCAGCACCAUACACUGUCGGAGCUCCGCAACUUACAGUCCUUCUCACCGGGUGCUCCAAGAUAAGGAUGAGAGAGGUGCCAGAGAAGAAGAGCGCAGGGCCCAGAAGGCACUUCUUCUUUUGAAGGCUCGGGACCAGCAGAUCCUGCUUCUCGAGAAUCGAGUAGCGCAGUUGGAAAAUGCCGCUGCCGACAUGCACGCGAUCGCUUUUCAUGUUCAGACGAACACUCCACAGACAUCGGACGAUACCUCGUACCUUAGCAUCGCGCAAGGCUCUUCGACUAGCUUAGAUUCUCAAGAAAAUUCAGACAACGUUGUUCGUGGACAAAAUUCGGAAGCAAAUCUGAACCAGUUGAUUAGUGACAAGCUUGAAUUGACAGAAUCGAAGACCGGCGGACGACAUCCAGUCCUUGUACCAGAGUUGAAACUCUCCAUGCUACCUCCAUCUGACUCUGACAAUGAACUUUUCUCUACACCUGUCUUGUCGAAGCCUCGGGAAAACGAUGUCGGGACAGAUGACAAAGGUUUCCAGAAUCUGGUCGCCUGUUCUGUCUCCGAAGACACGCUGCACGUUCUCGUCAACGAACCUUCAAAGUCUAUCGAUGUCUUUUCAAAGUACAUCUUGGCCGCCACCCCGUUGGAAGGUAAAAUCGGGGACGAUAUUCGACAUGUGAAACCGACAGGGAACAUGCAACCUGUAAACGCGUUUCCACAGACCUGCAAUAUAAAUGUGGACCAGAAAAUUUUUCCCGAAAUAUCUGAACGCGUUCCGCAGAACAGCAACUGUUCGCUUCAGACUUUGCUGAUAGCUGCUGCAGCCCGUUCACAGUCAAAGGAAACUAUUUUCUUGAAACAAUGUGAGAGUAACGCCAAGCUUGACAACACAGUGACGGAACAAUCAGGUCGUGGGAUGGACGGGUCAACUGCUAGCUUCGCCAAAUCCAAGUCUUCCUGCUCCACAAAGCUGUCACCAUCCGUCCCUUGGGUCAGGAUGAAACGGCAAUUGCGGAGAAAGUCUCGUCGCCACGAACGCGGAUUCUGUACCAAGACGGAGGUCGUGUCUCGAGCAGCGGAUAUCAGGCGGCAGAGAAUUGGGAUCGAUUCCACGUCAAAAAGUCUUUCUGCAGUCGACGGUACCUUUCUAGAAUCAGCCAAUCGGAACGGCAAAGGAACCGGGGUCAUUUUCCAGGAUGAAGAAGCAAAAUUGGGUUCAACAUCUUAUUCCGAUCACCACGCUGCCCUGUCGAAAAUACACGUAACCACAAACUCCGCUCCAGUCAAAAUCAACAAGCACCAGCAGCCGGGAUGUUUGUCAGAUACCAAUGUCUUCGUAGGGACAUUAGAGGGUAGGAAAUUCUCCAAGCAUUGGAGCAGCAAUGACAAACAAACAUCGCAGUGGCUUAAAGAGGAUGUUUUCAAUCGUGAAUGCGAGAUGAACGUGACGAAUCGGUGGGACCAUAUGGAACAGUAUUGUAUGAAACCUGCGGAAGAUGUGUCUCCCUUAAAGAAAAAAUACGAAGAAAUGAUUCGGAACCUUGAAGAAAAGUUGAAUCACUUGAAGCUGGAACUCGAAAUGGCUCACAAAGAGAAAAAUAAUCUUCAUAAUCAAUUUGAAAGGGCGAUACGUGAUAAGAAAAUAGAAGCGACGAGGGAAAAUGCUGUCCACGAGAAAAUUGUCCAGAUUUGUAGUUCUGUCCUCGAAAAUUUUAAACCACAUGCCUUCAAUGCAAAGCAAUCGAGUGGAUGCGCUCGGGUUAAGAGUAACAAGUCUUACAAACUUUAUGGAAAGCUGACAAAAAAACUUCAUCGAAAACUUAGAUCCGCUCUUGCUGUGUCUGAUAAACUAAGAGAUGAGUUAAAGAAAACCAAGGAAGUUCUCAGUGAAAAAACAAUACAGCACGACCUCUUGAGCCAGCGUUUUACCAAACUCAAGCAACAAUUGGAAAUUACUGAACUCAAUUUGAGAGAUCUGAAUGAUAAAAACUCUUUGUUGCGCAAAAAAUUUGAAGACACCAGAAAAUGGAUGGAGAUAAAAAUUGGGAAAGACCUUCACGAACGAAACAAUGUCAUGCAACUCAAAAAUAUGCCUAAAAGCAGAGUUAUCAUCAAUUUGAAGAAUAAGACCGAUGAAGACGUCGGUACGAAAACUGAACUUGGAAGCAAAUUAGCACGCUCUGAGUCGACGAACACGAAUGAAAGAUCUUCACUGAACACUUAUAAAGCACAAGUAGCAAAUUUAGUCAAAGAAAAAGAGCAAGCAAUAUCUAAAAAUAAAGAACUUGAGAUUGACUUGACUCAGCUAAUGAAUGCUAACGCUCAUUUGAAAGUUAAGGGGCUUCUGAAACAAUUGAAUAAUCACGAAGAAGACUUGGAAGUGCGAGCUGAGUUUGAUGAUGACGCCAGUCGUAUUGAGGCCCUUAAUACUGCGUGUUCAAUUUUAAAAAUGACGCCAGAAGAAUUAUCUGGAUUCAUGGAAGGUCGACCUGUCAAAAAGAUCAACACCUGGCUUGCAGAAUUCCAUAAAAUAACGUCGAGAGGUGAUUUUUCAGGAGAUUUGGCAGAACAUUUACUUGAAGAAGUUUGCGGUAGUGCAUGAUCGGCACAUGAAUUCAAACUAACAAAUUUGGAAAAUCGCUUGUCCAGUACACUUUCGU